UUUAGUUAUCUGCGUCUAGUCGGUUGAAACAGACACAAUGUCAGAAUUUACUUUAACGAAAAACAAUGUGUGGGAUUAUUUUCAAAGAAUUCCCAACGAGAAAUUUCGAGCAAAGUGCAAGAAGUGCAAAAAAAAUUUUACCUACAUCACAGAUAUAGCUUUUUUAACACAUUUGCGUACAAAGAAACAUCAAAAAUAUUUCAGCGAUAAAGCAAACAAAAACUUUGAAGAGAAACCGAAUAUAUAUUACGACCAAUUACAGCUACAAUGUAAAAUUUGUGAUAAAAAAGUUUCACAUGCAAAUUUUCGCGAACACGUACGAGACCAUUCUCAAGAAGAAAAGGCAUAUUAUGAAGCGAGAAGGACUAUCAAGGAACAUAUGAUACAACAUGAUAAUUUUGAGGCGAAGUGCGGAGUGGAGAAUUGUGAUGAUAUUAUAGUUCUUCAAAUUAUACCACCAUUAAUAUACCAUUUAGAAAGCAAGCAUAGGAACGAAUUGGAAAAUAUCCAAAAGGACGCAACGCGUAAGCCAACUAUGAUCACAAAUAAAGAAGAUCUAUUGUGCAAUUACAUAUUACACAGGCCUGAUCGUUUUCAUGCACAAUGCAACUUUUGCAAUUUUGAAGAAUAUUAUACCGACACUGGAGUGUUUCAUAAACAUUUAAAAAAAAAACAUAAGAAAGUUUAUUCAUACGAAGAUGCAAACAAAGGAUUCCCGUGGGAACAUUUCAAGUAUUACGACGAAAACAAUUUACAAUGUCUUCUCUGCAGAAAUUUGCAUACUGAAGAGUUUAUCCUAGAGUACUUAGAAGAACAUGUAUAUUCGUACCAUGAACAAACAUAUCACGCAACUCUUCAGGACCGAAACAGCAGUGAUAUGGCCUGGAAAUACUGUGACACCAGCGGAGAUUUUCAAGUGCGAUGUCGUCUUUGUUCCGCCGAAAAGGAACUUGAUAUUGAAUUUACAAAAUUAAACGACCAUAUUAGGAAAGAACAUGUGGAAAAGCAACCAAGUACGAAAAGCGAGUAUGAUGAAACACCUGAAGCGUUAGGAAGCCAACCACAGGAGGAAAAAAGUAGAGAAAAAGGUUUAUCCAAAGGUGAAUGAUGCUAACGGCGAUCAUGUAGAACGACAACCAGGCACCAUGACAAAAGGCAACCUUGACUUUGGUAAUUGAAACAAUUUAUAUGCACAGAAAAUGAUGUAUCUAUAACGUGUAAUAAUUCGUUUUAUGUUUACAAAAUUAUAAAUAUGUUUAUAAAUUGACGCUUAAUA